CCACUGAUUGGCAGCCUGAACUUCCUGGUGCAUAAAAACGGGGCGGAUCCUUCGGUACCUUCCAAACAAGCAGCCCAAUGGGAAGCGGUGCUCGAUUUGGACUGGCAGGUCCGCCAGCCGGUCACCGUUGCCUCUCGCAACCCACGUUUGGAGGGGGAGAGACUGUGGUUCAUUCUUCUCCGGGGAGAAAACUGCCAAAAAGGAAAAAGCAAAAACUCCACCAGGUUGGAAUUAGGCUUUCCCCAGAUCCCCGAACUGCAAAAACAAUCCUGUGAAUUCUUUGCAAGCUUGAAAGUCGGGGGGGUGGGUCUUGUGGGUGGGAGAGAGCAUAUGGGGGUGGGGGAGUGACUGGCAUAUGGGGGGCGGUCAUUGCUCAGGGAUCGGGUCAUCUUCCUUUAAUAGCCACAUGAUCAGGAAAGUGCAAAGUGCUUUUUUUGCUCUUUCCGAGCGGCUAAUGCGCAAAGGCGGAAGACGCGCGCUGUAGCUCACUCUGUUUGCGCGCGGGGAGGAGGAGGAGGAGGAGGACCGGCCAGGAUCGGGCAAAGGGAAGAGGUAAUGGUCGCUCUCCGUCUUGGAAAGCGGGUGGGCGCUAGCGCAGGCUCCGGCUGCUGACAACUCGAUCCGAGGUAGCGAUCGGGAGCCCCGUUGGCCCAAAUCGUUCCGUGCCUCCCGCUGCCUAGCGCGGAGAUUUCGCCUACGGAGAAAGUGGGUGGCAAGGAGUUUUCUCCAAGUUUAAAGUGGCCAGUUUUAAAAAGUGGGGAGGAGAGGCGAGGCUCUCCCUCCAAGUUCAGAAAGGUGCGGGUGGGGAGUGGAGCGACGAUGCGCAAUUCAUCCGUUUUCAUUUGCCAAGGCCCAAGAGGCCAGUUUCGGUUCCGUGCGUUCCGGGAAGCGGCUUCGUUCCAGGAACUGGGCUCGGGCAUGUUUUGCUCGCUUGCGCGGCCCGAGGGACGGAUCGGACCUGACAUUCCUACGUACCUUGUGCAGAUGGGGAUCUCACUUUUGUAACAAAAGGAUUUUGAGAGGGUUCAAGAGAGAAAAAGUGGGAUAUUCCCGUACUUCUAGGGACCCGCGAGGAACCUACCCGUUUUAGAAACUUCGGUUUACGAAACUGGGGGGCGGAUGUGUGUCUGUUUUGGAUUACUUAAUCCGGAAUAAAUGCACUCAUCAAAGCAGGUCAGGUUUGUCCUGAUCGGUAAAAACCUGGAAAAGAGAAACGGAGAAGUGUUCGUUUUGCUUUGGCAAUAAAAAUCAAUGCCACCACUUCGAUAUACGAUACGAUAUCUUUAUUGUCACUGUCCCAUACAGAACAAUGAAAUUGAAAAUCUACAUAAAACAUUCAAAACCCCCUAAAAACUCUGAAACCCCAUUUUAAAAUACAAUAUACUAUAGAAGUAUAUUGCAUAUAUAUAUAUUCGAAGUAUUAUUUAGCAGGUAUAUAGAACUUUGUUCGGAGUGUUUCUUAUACAGUAUCUCAGUGAUUUUUUACAACAACCCUGCAAGUCUGAUCAACAUAUUUUCCUAGUAUUGCUGGGCUGGGGAAAUGAGGAGGCAGUAUUCAUUCAUUCAUUCAUUCAUUCAUUUAUUUUGCAUUUGAUACAUUUCAAGACUUGCUUUUAGGUGCACCUGACCAAAAUGUGGCACACUCUCUCUGUUUAGAGGUGCAAAUUUGAGCAAACAAGAAAUGUGAUACAGUGGUGCCUCGCAAGACGAAAUUAAUUGGUUCCGCGAGUUUUGUCGUCUUGCGAUUUUUUUCAUCUUGCGAAGCACGGUGUCGGGAAAGUUUUGGAAAAGCUUCAAAAAUCAUCAAAGUCUUUAAAAACCUCAAGAAAAAAACCACUUCUGGGGUGGCGCCAUCGGCAAUGGUGGACUCCCUCGGAACUGGAGGGACCAGCUCCGCAUGAAACGGGUCUUUUCCGCUACGGCGAAGCGGGGACCCUUCUGGAAAUCACAGGCGGAUGAAGCCUGUGACCGUGGGACUCGGCGGGCACCCUUAGCGCCCCCCCAACCCGCAAAGGAACCCACUAACGGGCUCCCAAGCGAAGAGGGGGAAGUGGCGCGGUGCUGUGAGUCAAUUGCUUUUCUGCGGACCGAAGCCGCAUAGCCGUUGCCGGAGAGCGCUGCCUUUUCCUGGGACAAUUUGGCAUCUAAAAUAACCACCCGUGAGUACUGGAACAUUGAACAUUUGGACUUUAAAUAAGAACUGGCGAAAUAGAAAGGAAUUUGGACUUUAAAAUUUUACUUCAAUUUGGUACUGAAACGGGAAGGUCUAAACAGGAAGUCAGCCUUCCGUUUCCUUGUAGCCAGAAUAAAGCAAAGACAACGUAAACUAGAGCUUUAAAAAUCACUUUCAAAGGAUUGGCUUUCAUAAUUUAAAAUCGCUGAACCCCCCUUCGGCAGCAGCAGAAGAAGGGGGAUAUUUUUUGGGCUGUUUAAACCUGCAGAAGUGAGUUUAAAGCAAAGUAAUUUUCCACCGUCCUGAUCCUGGAGCAGGGUGUCAGAAUUGACGUUUGAAGCUCAUUGACCAGAAACAAAUGUCUUUGACAGAUAGUUAAAAGAAGAGAAACAUAGUGAUUCCAUUGUUUCCUUUCGCAUUUUAAAAAGAACAAAUAUGGACAAAAUACCUUAAAAAAGAAACUUUCUUGCUAUUGUUUUUAAAAGAAAGAACAACCAGAAGAUUUCCCCCUAGAGGGGGACUGUGAAAUUGUAACUAAUUCCUGGGAGCUUGCAGCUGCCACAGAUUACAACCGUGGGAAAGGAUUUGUGACCUUGCAGGACAAUGUCUUCAGAAGCACUGUUGGGUGCUCUCUGCAAAAUAAAUGCCCUAUUGGAUCAGUUAAGCCAGAAGACGGAUUUGAUGACUAAUGCGGCCAGAACCUUUGAACAGGUAGUGGGAAAUUAUAUGGAGCCCACCCAGGAGCUAAAACAGGAGUGUGCCAUGACAGAACAGUUGAGAGAAGAGGAUGCUGCUGAAUCUUGGGCGCCAGAGACGGAGGGAGCUGCGGCCCAGCAGGAACUUAAAUUUUUGGAUUUGAUAAAUGAACUUGGAAAAAACCAGACUUGGAAAGACAAAGUUUGGUUUGGUUUGGAAAUGGGGGGUUGGACAGACCCCCCUAUACAGGGAGAUUUGGAUUUUUCGAGUCUGGCAAUGGGCCGCCAGAUGUUUGGAGCUGUGGGGGCUCUUAAUUUUGGAGGGAAUCUGAAACAUGUUUUUAAAUACCACAUGGAGUCUAGUCUGGACUAUGGAAAAGGGGCUGAUUUGUUGAAAAGGGUCAAAAACAUUACCAAGCUGGAGUUCCCACGAAUGAAAGGAAAAUAUGAAGAAGAGCUGCGGAAGGGACAUGGAAGAGACUUGAGGGCUUCGGAUAUAAGAUUACCAGGUUAAUGUGCUAGAUUAAUAAGAUAAAAAGGACUGACAAAACCCGGGACCAGGAGGAAGGGACGCUGGAUGAAGAUUGGAUUGUUUAUUUCUUUUUUAUCAUUAGGAUUGUUCUAUAAAAUUGAUGAAUGCUAGAAAAAUGUUGAAAUGAAAUUACUUGGCUCUUGUAAAAAUGUUUAAAGAAUUUGGUAAGAAUGUUAUGGCUAGGAGAAGUUGGUAAAAAUAAGAUUUAAGUUUUAAACUUUAAGGUUUUCUAUAAGAUAAGAUGAAAAUAGAUUAAGGUAAUGUAAUGACAGAAUACUAUGAAAUAUGGAAAGGAUUUGCUGCGAUUAUUAUUAAUCAGGAUACAAGAAAAGGGAGGAGGAGGUCAAAGAAAGAAGGUAUUGAAAGUGGAGAACUUGAGAAUGAUGGUUUUAUUUUAUUUUUCUGUCUUGUCUUUUUUUUGUGUAAUUUUUUUUAUAAAAAUUCUUUUCAAUAAAUAUCAUUUUUUUAAAAAAUAAAAACCUCAAAAAAGGCUACCACACCGCGUUCUAUGAGUUGCUCCUUGAAGUCAAGUCGCAACUGUAUUAACGGUGUUAAGAAAAAGGAAACAAACUUGCAAGACGUUUCCGUCUUGCGAAGCAAGCCCAUAGGGAAAAUCGUCUUGCGAAGCAGCUCAAAAAACAAAAAACCCUUUCGUCUAGCGAGUUUUUUGUCUUGCGAGGCAUUCGUCUUGCGAGGUACCACUGUAUUGGUGCUGAUGACACAAGGUCAGAUAGUGCUGAACAUGGCCUCUCAGAACAGCUGGUUCUAUAAACAAACCUCUUGCAAGGCAAAGGAGAAGACAUUGGGACUCUGGCAACAGUUGGAUCCUUUUGUUAUAGGUCCCCAAAUAUGUACUGCCUUCUGCUUUAUAUAAGCCAUUAUUAGACUUGUUUAUGGGGGAUACACAAUAUAUACAUGAGCCUGGGGAAAGGACCUUAAGAGAAGCAUCAAAGAAGUACAAUGGGAUCAAUUAUGGGCUAAGCCCCCUAUGGAGUCUGUUUUGGCGCGAGUCCAGGAAGCCACCCUUAAAAUAAUUGUGUGAUAGCACUGGCCCCCCCAAAGAUUUUCCCGUAUUAUUUAUUUGAUUGAUUGAUUGAUUGAUUGAUUGAUUACAUCAACCCUGUGAGGUAGGUUCGGCUAAUACUAUAGAUGAUAACUGGCCCUAGGUCACCCAGUGAGCUUUAUGACUGAGUGGGGAUUUGACCCCUGGUAUGAAUCUCACAUCCAUUUGUUUUAAAAGUUUGGUUUUUAUAUGAAUAGUUUAUAUUAUUGUAUGUAGCGAUCUUUGGAUUGAGUGCUAUAUAAAUCUUGUUAAAUAAAAAAAAGUCAACGAAUUCUUUCGUUUCCUUUUGGAGACAGAAAGAUGGGAGACGUCUCUGAUGUUUGGGUGGGAAGCGCCUACCUGUUUGUGCAGUCAACAUCGGAAAAUGUCCUUCUUCCUGUGAUGUAUGGAGACCCAAAGCAGAAGCCCUGCGUGUUCAAAGCACUCAAGUUGGCUCUAGCGGGUAUGUAUUCUGUGUUGCCAUUAGUGCCCCAAGACAGCAACUCAUUGAGAACAGCAUCAUUUGCCUGUUGUCACUCAGCAUCCCUACAUCUGAGCUGCUCUUGGAACUUAAGCUUCUCCAAGUCCAAACCUUUACAAACUGGUGAGUCAGACCAUUGGGCUCAGUACUGACUACUCUGACUGGCAACAGCUCUCCAGGGUCCCAGACCUGGAGAUGCCAGAGAUGGAACUCGGGAUGUUCUGCAUGCCAAGCAGGUGCUCUGCUUCUGAGCUACAACGUCGGCCCUAAAAAUAAAGGGAGAUUCCAGUCCUGGUUUAAACAGAAGCCUAGGAAACCAUCUUAUACUGAGUCAGACUAUUGGACCACCUAGCUUAGUAUUGUCUGCACAGACAGGCAGCAGUUCUCCAGGGCUUCAGGCGCAGGUCUUCUCUAGCCCUUCCUGGGACCUUCUGCAUUCAAAGCAGAUGCUCCGCCGAAAUGCUCGACUCCUUCCUCAAACAUUGCAUACUACCCUGCAGUUCUAGAACACAGCAAUUUGUCUUCCACGCUGUUUGCUAAGAGACUUCCACUCAUUGGAACUCUCCAGGGAAGUCUCUUUCCCAGCCUGUAGAAUUUACAGGCCUAGAAGGUCUCCUUUACUUUAGUCAUAAAGAUAAGAAUAAGUGGAACAUAGAGAGGCUUCUGUCCGCACUCCUAUCUUGCAGCAUCACUUUAGGUCUUCUUGUAAAUGUGCUAUUUCUCUCUGUGUGUUUGUUUGCUUGUUUUCUGGAAGAUUAUACAAAACUUAUUCAAUUUAUAUAAUAGUAGUAGUAGUAGUAAUAAUAAUGAUAAUAAUGAUAAUAAUGAUAAUAAUGAUAAUAAUGAUAAUAAUAAUAAUAAUAAUAAUAAUAAUAAUAUAUUAUUUAUACCACGUCCAUCCAGCUGGGUUUCCCGAGCCACUCUGGGCUGCUUCCAACCAAAUAUUAAAAAAAUACAGCAUCAAACAUUAAAAACUUACCUAAACAGUUGUCUUUUAAAAGUAAAAUAGUUGCUUAUUUCCUUGACAUCUGCUGCUCUUCCUCCUGAAAGGGAGCCCAAGAUGACUUAACAGCAUAAAACACAACUGAAAAAUAUAUACUGUAUCUGCAGAGCUGCUGUCAUUCAGUGUAGAAGGUACAGAGCUUGAUAACCCAGUGGUCUGACAGCACAAAGUGGCUUCUUGUGUUUGGUAAGUGGAAAACCUGACAGCCACCGCUAACUUUCCUCCCCGCUCUCUUCCCCAGAUUCAACGGGUAGCCUCAACGGAGUAGACGUGCUGAAGGUCCAUUGCAGCGACCCUCACCUGAUAAUCCAGCUCAAAUUCUGCAAGGAAGAGAACUGCCGGAGAUUCCUGCAAAGCUAUCGUGAGGGACACCUCCAAGACUCCCUCCAGAAUCACCUCAAACUUUCCUUGUCCAUGUCCACCUUAGUCCCUGUCCAGAUGGAGCUGAAAACUGGCGCCGAGAAGCUGGACGCCAUGAUCCGGGAGGAGAAGCGGUGCCUUGAGUGCAUCUACCAUGAAAAGGUGCGAGCGAGAGAAAUGCUGGGCUGCGUGGGUGGCUAUAUGGCAGGAGCCUGGAACCUUUGGGUGAGCUGGAUUGUUACUUGUCCCUGUGGGCCAACUUAGACAGGUGUGCAGGACAGCCCACCAGCCAAUCACCUGUUUUGACAUCCAAUACAUGACAGGUGGAUUGAUUUACCCACCAAACAAAGUCUCUUGUCCAGAGCUUUCCCAAGAACCUGAGAGCCAGCUGGGCACUUGGGAACCUCAGCGCAAGGGGCGUGGCCAGGCCUGUGCUCAUCCAAAGGCUGAACACAGGGCAUCACGAAUGACGUCCCGUGUGGGACGGGCGGGAAUAGUUUGGGAGAAGCAGUCCUGUGGACCCAAUUGGGACUUGUGCUGCACCCAGUUUGGUCUGCCGGCCAGAGUUUCCCAACUCCUGCUAUUUAGCGUCCAAGUUAGAUAAUUAAGAGGAAAAUUCAGCAUGCGUACCGUCCGAGUUUUGUGUCAAGGAAAGCUAGAUUCUGCAGCUUGGGCAAAUGUGCCCACUUUUCUUUGGCAUAAUAUGUCUUUAUGGUUCUUUCUGGGAAAAGGCAAGGAACAAUGCGGGGCAUUGAAGCCCCAUCUUUUCCCACCCACAAGCCCUGCAAUUCUUCACAGAUCUCAGCAGGCAUUGCUCAUCCACUUUGAACUCUGUUCUUUAACAAAUAGGACUAGAAUUAUUAUUAUUAUUUAAGUGACAGCUUACCUUCUCAGGGAACUGAGUUGGCCCACAACUCACACUCACUUUACAUACGUGAGUGAAAGCUUAUGCAGGUGGUGGGGUGAAAUAAAUAAAUGAAGAGUGUGGAAAACCUGCUGUUCCCUGCUCUCCAUUUAUUUGCUUUUUUCUGCCCACACACUCAGUGGGUUUUCCUUGCUUACUAAUCUUUGGGGAGGUUACAGGCUGGUGCUGAGAGCACCCCAGGGCCCUCCCGCAACCUACCCAGAGCCCAGUAAGCAGCCCAAAUAUAUAUAUUUGGCAGCACACCUGAAUGUAGGAUCUAACACAGUACACAUCAUGGAUGCUGAUUUUUUAAUAGGGCUUAUUACUGAACCAGCUAGUUUGCAGGUAAAAUUAAUGGGGCAGAUGAUUUGUGGGUUUUUUGGUAUGUUACUUAUUGUAUUUACUAUGUUUAUAUCUUGCCUUCCCCCAUGGAGCUCAAGUCAGUGUAUAUGGUUCUCUCUCCCUCCCCAUUUUAUCCUCACAACAACCCUAUGAGGUAGACUAGGUUGGGAGGCAGUGACUGGCCCAGGGUCACUCAGUGAGCUUCCUCGCCAAGUGGGCAUUUGAGGCCUGGUCUCCCAGGGUCUAGACCAGCAUUUUUUAACCACUAUACUACAUUGGUUCUCUAUUUCAGCCUAACCGUCUCAGGGAUGAAGAGAUCACGGAGCUGGAGGAAUCUCUCAGGAACUGUUCCUUUCUGGGCAAGAUUGACAACACGGGUCCUUCUUUGAAUUCUUCACCUGCAUCUUUGAAUUCUUCACCUCCAUCUUUGAAUUCUCCACCUCCGUCUUUGAAUUCUCCGCCUCCAUCUUUGAAUUCUCCACCUCCAUCUUUGAAUUCUCUGCCUCCAUCUUACAGUUCUGUGGAGAUCUCAGGGUCUCUGCCAAAGGGAGACACCUUCACUUUCCAGGGCCAGCAGUUCGGUAAGUGUUUCCAAGAGGAAAUUGGGAGAACUUGAUCACUUUGAAUAAGAACUGGUUACAAGACAAAAAAAAUUAAACAGGUGUGCACUGAAAGGAGAGAGCUGGACAAAUUUGUCUAUGUCAUCUCAAGGAAAACUCUGAAAACAUGGUGUUAUUUUGCAGCAGGACUGUUUACUGUUUAUAGUUUUGUAUUGUAAAGUUUCUGAAGGGGAAGAAAAAGAUCAGAAGAGUCGGGAUAGUAGGAGAGUUGUCCAGCCAGAAAUCACACAAGGAGCACUUGCAAGGUUAGAUGUUGUUUGAGCCCCUGUUAGGUUUCAUCUGAGAAGCUUCAAGAGUUGGUGUUGCUGCCUCACCCUUCCCUGAGCUUUCAUUGGGGUCCUGUUCUGGAACAGCAGCUGAAGAGUCAGGUGUCCUCCUCAUGGAUAGGGCUUAAGGAGAGUUCUGCUGCUGGAUGGACACCACACCCAGCUAUCGCUUCCGUUCAGCCUUGCCCUUGGUGGUGAUUUUGGUGGCUCAGGAAUGAGGGGAUGUGGCCAGCAGUUGAGGCUGCUCUGUUAAGGCAAACAGGACACUUCCCAACCAACCUCGGCCUGCUCUCAGCCAGCCUCCACCUGCCUGCCUGCCCUCGGACUUACAACCAGUAUUAGAGAGUGACCUCAGUUGCCAGCUUUGACUUCCUGAGUCUCAGUUUUGCCCUUGGUAAACACCGCAGGAGGAAGGAUUGAGACAAAGCUCAGAUUAGUUGGCUCUGCCUGCCAUUGGCUCUGGCCCUGCCUAUUAUUGACAUCCCUGCUUUCUGUCCCAACAGUCCCAAUGAGUAUCAGCCACCAUUGGAAACCAGUCAGGGCAUAUUGUGUUCCUCCAAGCUUUCAGUCUCUCUGAGUGGGAUAUUCUCCCAGGCAGUGGUCUUGGGAGGUUUAUUGGUCAGUAGUAGGGUCAACAGCAGCAGCAUCCUCUACCUCAGAAGUCUCAUGCAGUCCAGGGCUGGUCCUGGCAAGCAGGUAGUGAGGUGUGUCCCCUGUUUCCACAUAUUGGGAGGGUUGGAUCCAGAGCUCUCCAUAUUUAGAGCAGUCCCAUUAAAAGUAAUGAACCCAUUGACUAACAUCAGUCUGUUCAUUUGGAUUCAUCCCUAAUUUUUUGUUUUGUACGGAACAACAUGUCCCGGAUGAGUUAAGAUUUGUUUUUUGUUGUUCCCUUCCCAAGCCAACAGAAAAAUCUCUCCAGACGACCACCAGACAUUUGCCAAACUCGUGUCCAAGAAGUGGAAGCAGGUGGGCCGGUCUCUGCAGGUCAACUGCCGGGCCCUUCGGGAUCCUGUCAUCGACAACUUGGCCAUAGAGUACGACCGGGAGGGCCUCUAUGAGCAAGCGUACCAGCUUCUCCGCAGGUUCAUUGACUCAGAAGGCAAGAGAGCCACCAUAGAAAGACUGGUCGCCGCCCUGGAGGAGAAUGGCCUCAUCAGCUUGGCUGAGGAGCUUCUGAGUGUCCACCAGAAUGACAAAACAUUGUAAGAGGACAUGGGGGGGGCAGUCCUCACUUGAGACUACAAGCUGCAGGGCCAGUGACGCUGCACACUCAGGUGCCUUUCUACACCUCUUGACCGCUCUGUAGCCAUUUGAUGCCAGACAAGCUGUGGCCCUUGCCACUGGCAGAACCUGCCCCGAGAAUAACCAGCACAGGACUGAGGCUGAAAGUCAGUGUGCUACUUCAGUGCUGAAAUAUGGAUGGUCUUGGGAAACAUCUUUCAUCUUACAGUAGCAUCUGGACAAAGGCCUUGAUGGUUUCAGAAUUUCUCAGCAAUGUAAUAGCAGGAAAAGGAAAAGAUGUGUGACUUUCAGGAACGGUCUAAAUAACUGGCUAGGCUGUGCCUGCGUAAAGGUAGUUCUCAGCACUUACUGACUGUAGCAUCAAAUAAUGACGUUAUAUGGAAAUGUGCAUACAAAAGUGAGCUAUCCUCAGAUUAAUGAUCUGGCUAGGACAGUCAUAUUGUCCAAAGUCAACUUUAAAAAGUGGUACUUUCCAAUGCAGCCAGUUCACACAAUGGGUUGCAAAUCAUUGGCAUAACUUAAUCUAGCAUGCAGUUGAAUGUGUGAACUGACUCUUAUUGGAAAUAGGGGCUAGGAAAGGGGUUUUUUUGGGUGGCAGGGGGUAUUAGAUCUGCAAUGACCUAUUCAUUCCUACAAGCCCCACUUGAUGCUGCAGUCAGCAGAGUUGAAACUGCAUGUGUGAACCAGCGCUAGGUGGCAUUUCCAUGAACAGACUGCAUCAGCAUUUUACACCUUUUAUGGAGUUAUUCUUGAGUGUCAUAGUAACUGUGCUGCUGUGAUGCUUACUUACAGGAGCAUGUUGUCUGCAUUUCCUUGCACAGAGGAUCCACCUCAGUGACAUUAUUGUAUCCCAGAUUCUCUUCCAGGAAGGAACAAUAGGCUCUCUCUUGUCUCAUUGUUUGCUUUCAGUCUUAUGGCUGUGUCUGCUUUAGCACCAUUUCCCCCAGAAAAUGAGGCAUGGCUGGGUUGGUAGCUGUCCAUGGUUCAUGAUGACAGCUGUCUCCCUUGGAUCCUCUGCACAUUUAUAGAUACCUGUUUCACACAUAAUGUUAAACCACUGUUUAUCAACCAAUAGUUUAUUCAAUCAUGGCGUAGCAUUAUGUAUAAAUCCUGCCUUCCAGCUUAACUAUGGUUUGUUCACUGCCAACAAACCACAGUCUGAAGCCAUGGUUUAUUGUUGGCUUAUGAACCUUGGUUUGUUUUAACUAUGGCUUAGUGUUAUGUGUGAACCUAGCACCCUUAACUAUGGUAUGUUUGAGCACCCCAUCACAGAAAUUUAGUAAGCUACAAAUGCACAAGGCAAGAGCAGCUGGAAAACAAACCAAGCUUUUGAAAAACAAGCCAUGGUGACUGUCUGUGGGAUAACUUGUGGUUAACUCUUGGUUUGUUAAAGAAAGCACGGUUUAAACAAAGCAUUAUGUGCAAACCAGUCCAAUAAUUGCUUAGAGCAAGGGAAGGGAACCUUAGAUCUGGCAGCCCACUUUUCAUGUACUAUCUUACUGGCACAGGUGAAAGUGUCAUUGUUUGUGUGGGCAUCAUUGUCAAAAGAUGGACAAUGUAUGAGAUUCACAAAUACCUGUAGCUACACAAAGGGAGCUGUUCCAGAAGCAGAUACGAGGGCUAGAUAUCAGAGGAUGCACAAAGCAACCUUGCUAGUGCUAAGAAUGUCUGGGUCUAGUCAUCUGACAUUCCAUUUUGCUUUCGGCACAAUCUGGUAUAGCAUACAAAUGAAGGAAUGGUUAGUGCCCUGAAUCUGUGAAUCAGAACACGGGAAGAUGUCUUGUACUGAGUCAGAACCUUGGUCUAUUUAGUUCAGGAUUGUCUCCAUCAGUUGGCAGAAGUUCUCCAGAGUUUCAGACAGAAGCCUUUCUCAGCCAUCCCUGGCAAUGCCAGAGACCUUUCCCCCUGCUACUGGCCCUUCUCUACGGGUAUAAACAUCAUUUUAAAAACCUAUCACCUUUAUCAUUAUUUACUGGCGUCUUCAGUUUUUUACAAAUACAUACGCAAAACAUAAACUCAACAAAGACAAGUGGUGCGUAUCAUUUGGGCGUAAAGGCAAUUGACUAAAAGAAGAACAUCAUUCUGUAGAUUCAGCUUGGCUUCAUUAAGGACACAAUGCCUCUAGACCAGCGGUUCUUCUUGCUAGCUAGGGGUGAUGGAAGUUUUUGUUCAACAUCUGGGGACCCACAGGUUGAGAAAGGUUGCUCUAGACCAUAGGUAUUGUGGUAAUGUGUUUCCAAAACUGUCUGAGGGUCUGGCAGUACAAGGGUCCUUCCUGCCUUGCCCAGUUACAAAUGUUAUAAAGGGAACAUAUGUGUUUACGAAGGUAUUCACUGACUGUGUCCUGAACCACUCAAUUCUGCUGCAUUAAUUUCUCUGGAAGAUAGUCUGCACUUUGGGUAGAACCGAAAAUCUAGUGCAUGAUGGGAAAUGGUACAAUUAAAAAACCAAUAAAAUUGCCCAACGAAAAGUGAUUUCCUCCAAGCAAUGGGAGCAGCAUUAGAGCUUUUCCAUGAUGGAAGUUUGCAAGGCAACUUACAUGGGAUUUCCCCCAGUGUAUGCAUCUCCUUCAUCCAGCCAAUGAUCUUUAGUGUCAGCAAAAUUGCUUCACCAUGUGGAAGAGCAACCCUAACUCCGGGGAAAAUAUAGAUAAAUUAAAACACAAUUGGUAGAGGCUGAUAUUUUUGCAAAGUGUAUUUUUACCACUUUUGUAUUGCCUUGUUUUCUGCACUGUAGGUUUUCUACACAAUACUCUCUUCUGAUAGACACUGAUUUUUAAUGCCAUGAUUUGUAUCUUUUGAGAAUCCUGCUUUUAUAUCGCAGCACUUUCCUCAAUGUGUGUCUUGACAAUCUUCAAAUUGUGUCUCUCCCCACCUUGUUGUGGCUUUCAUUUUUAAACACAUGCAAGAUCAGGCAACAAUCAAAUAAACACGCUGCUCAAUGUUU